AUGGACGGCUCUUCGUACAACUAUGGCUUCGGGGCCCCCCAGCAUACCAACUCGUCGCUAAGCCCGGAGACGCCGACGAGUGCUUACAAGACAAAUGUGAAGAGAACAAAAACCAAGAAAUGGGUCGAAGCAAAGACUCAAAACUACGACGGCGAUGACUGGGGAAACGAUUACGACGAUGAGCCCGAGGACACUGCGACUGUUCCACCUCUGCGACCGAUGGGGUCACGAUCGGUCAGCCAGUCGACAACGGCGACUAUUCCCACGUCAAACCAGUCGCCCGCACUUCAACUUGUCGAACCCGCGCAUGAGCCUUCAAUGCGACCGCCGCAACCGACUACUGACCAGUCUGGGCUAUCAUCUAGCCCGCGGUCCACUGCCGGCCUUCCACCUCUGCGGAUCCAAAACUCUGCAAAGCCGCCUCCCAAUGCCUCUGGACCAGCUUCCAUGCCCAGUGCUUCCGAAAAAAAUGAGCCGUACGCGUCGCCGCAAUUUGCCAGCGGUGGUGCACCUCAGGUGACCCCGCUGGUAUCGUUCACUGGCCGCACAGAGUAUUCUCACCGCACUCCGUCCCCUUCUUUGGGAAGCCGGCGGACCUCGCCAGCCCCGGCGCAGCCUCCAGCUACACGUUUCCCCCCUCGUAAGAGCAGCAUGGGCCAGCAAGAUCGUAAUCAUCAGACGUCGGGUUCUCGGUCGAGCUCGACGCAACGUCCCUGGGUCGAUCAACGGCCGGCAUCCCCCUCCAACAUCAGGUCGCCUGGCACGCCGUCGAACCCGAAGUCGCCGCCCUUCAUCCGACCAUCAGACGUUUAUCGCCGGAUGGACGAAGACAAGAAUGGGAGGGGUUCUGGGGAAAACGGAAGGCCUAGUAGGGGAAGUGACGGCGUCCCUAGAAGCGACCCUGUAGUUUCGCCUGCAGACUCAUCCACCCCGAGCCUUGAAGCUGGUGAUCUGCACACGGCACACGGUAGCUUGAACAAGGGCGAAGGCCAAGGUAUUCCUGGUCCUGAUGACACACGACAGCCUAUCCUGGCACCGGUCGCGGAGAGGAAGAGCGAGUAUGGAUUUGAUGGCCUUCUUGCACAAUCCCGGCUCCAGAACCUAGACCCAGGCCGCCUGAGUCCUUCGGGAAAUGUUCACGAGAGCAGUCUGGUUGUUCCUGAACUGCAGCUGCAGCAACCGACCGUUGAGGAAUCUGACCAGAACCGGCGUUAUUCUACCAGCCCUAGACUGCCAGAUCUCGCUCCCAACGAAGCGCCCCCGGUGCCGUCUUUACCAUCUACAAAGCAACAGCCCGAGGCUGCCUCCGCAGCAGAGAAAAUGCCAUCCAUGAAUAAACCAUUGGUGACAUCUCCGCUUUCAACUUCUGACCCCACUCCGCAUUCAACCACUUCCACGUCACCUUCGCCAUCACAGACCCCACCAAUCAACGAACUUGCGGAAUCAAGCAGAUCUCGUCUGCCAUCGCAGUCAUCGCGGCCACCUAUUCCCGGAGGCUGGGUCACUGAAACGCGUUCCAUUUCUGACCAGCAGACUCCUGUCGUUCCGGAGCAAAACCCGGUGCUCUGCUUGGUUUCUGGCGAAGUGUCUCCCAUCACCGAUAACGAAGACGAAAGGACUAGAGAGAGCGGUAUUGCCAUGGUGAAGGAUAGUGUAUCUAUACCUGUCUCGAGUCCCGAGGCUUCGAAGCGGGCCGAUCAGAGUCAAAACCAUCCCGACUGGGAUGACGACUUGACCAUUUCAGCUCCGUCAAACUCUCGUGAAUCAGGCACCUCGUCAUCGGAAUUCGAGGCGCCCGAGAAAUUGCAGCGCGAGUCCACCAUGAGCACGAUUACAGAACCCUCCCCUGUCAAGGAGAGCGACAAGUUGCGGGAGGAGAUCAUGCGCAGCCUGAGUCCAGUCCGUCCUACUCCUGACUCUAACCAGUUCAGCACUAGCAACAGCAGCCAGCGACUAAGCCCGGCUAUUGAUGGCAGUGGCACCCGCGAGAGCACCUACCUGCACGGCGUAUACGAAGACUACUGGGCUGCGGGUGACGACAAACCCGACAUGUCUGAAUUGCCAUCAAAGCAGCCGAAGCCCGAACGCGGGCCGGCUGCCGACCAAGGCAACUCCAAUGUUUCCCCUCUGAGCCCUCGCAAGGACGCUUCGGAUAGACCACCAUCUCUUGGUCGACGAUUUUCCUGGGAGGCAGGAUCGGAACAGGUCACACCAAAGCCUUUGGACGCCCAAACGGAUCCCCUCCCCGAGUCCGUCCUCCCAAGUGCUUCUACAGCUGUAGACGCCUCUCCUUCUGAACAACCCCGCCAUGAGGCGCAAGUUGCGCUGUCCGAACUGGCUAGAGAAGCGGAACAUACGCAGUCGCCUACAGCGUUGGACGAUGCGCAUGCUGGUGUAUCGCAAGACUCAGGCGCCGUGUCUCAUCAAGUGUCGCAGGUUAGUUCUGCGCCGAGAGACGGCAUGGACACCGAGGCGGCCGAACCACUGUCGCCACUGUCAGUAUCGACUGAUAAGAACAUUACAUCGACUGUACCAGCCCGCUGGCCGUCUCCCGUGGACGAAAAGUCAAUGGCCCAGGUUGCGUCUGACACCGGUUUCCCCAGCCCCCCGCCCGGCGAUUACCCGGCCCUGGCUCCGGCUCAGGCCCAGCCUUUGGAGGACUUCUCUCCGCCUACAUCUCCUGUGCCUUCGCAACAGCAGCCAGCGCAGCCAGUCAAGAUUAAGACGUUUAAAGAAAUCAUGGAACUAGCAAGCCCUUCAGAGAGGAUCAAUAAGUACAACGAAACGCGAGCACAGUUUGCGUCAAUGGACUCAGGGCUCAACAACUGGCUGGUCACCUUGAAAUCUCAGCAUCCGGAGCAUGCCAAUGCCACUGCUUCAUUCGGAAUCGGCGCGACAGGUCCGGGACAAUCCCAACCCUCGCCGACCACCUCUCAGCCGGCCUCUCAGCAGCCUUACUACCAGCAGUACCUCAACGCGAGCAACCCUAAUCUGAGUGUGGGAGCCCCAGGUCGCCCUCCCGCAGGCAGCGUACCCGCAAGUUCGUCCCACUCGCCUUCAAGCGAUUUUAAGCAUUCGAGCGGACAAGUUGGGGCAAAGGGCAAGGGGCUAUUGCUUGCAGCUGGCAAGGCAGGGAAAGGUUUACUGAGCAAGGGAAAGAGCAAACUCCGUGGCACUGGGGACAAGGUAUUUUCUUAA